AUGUCAUGGCGACAUUCUGAUCACAGCAGCGCAUGUCAUGGCGACAUUCUGAGCACAGCAGCGCAUGUCAUGCUCGCAGACAUCGAGAUCAGUAGUCGGCAGGCGCAAGUGUUUGAGAGCCACAAGGCGGGGCACAUGGCGAUUCAGGAGCUGCAGAAGGAGAUGAACAUCGAGAUCACGAGCCGGCAGGCGCAAGUGUUUGAGAGCCUGAAGGCGGGGCACAUGGCGAUUCAGGAGCUUCAAAAGGAGAUCAGCCUGGAAGACGUGGAGAAGCUAUUGGGGGAGUCGGAAGACGCCAAGGCAUUCCAAGACCUGCUGCAGAAGGAGAUGAGUCUGGAGGACGUGGAGAAGCUGCUGGGGGAGUCGGAUGACGCCAAGGCGUUCCAAGACGAGGUGGCUGCCAUGCUGGCGGGUGCGCUGUCAGAGGAAGCUGAGCUGGAGGCUCUUGCUGAGCUGGAGGCACUGGAGACAGAGCUCGCCAUAAAGGAGGUAAAGGAGGAACUGCCUGCUAUGUUUGAAGUGCAUCUGCUGCCCGAUCUCGCUAUGAAGGAGGUAGAGGAGGAAAUGCCUGCCGUGCCUGAAGUGCCCGAGCAAGCAGAGAACGAGGUGAGUGCCAGAUUUCUUGUGCCGCCUGCUAUGCCUGAUGUGACCAUGCUGCCUGCUAUGCCUGAUGUGACCAUGCUGCCUGCUAUGCCUGAUGUGACCAUGCUGCCUGCUAUGCCUGAUGUGACCAUGCUGCCCGAUCUGCCAAAGGAGCCGCCAGUUGAAGCACCAGCUGCAGGUGAGGCGGACGAGGAAGAGGGGGAGGGAGGGUGA